AUGGGAUAUGCAAAGAAAUUACUAACAGCAGCAGGUAUGGCAGAUUGCAAUGAGGCAAAAUAUCCAAUGGAACCAAAACUUAGCUUGACCAAGAAUGAAGAUGAAGCCACAGUGGAUGCUACAAAAUUUCGGAGUCUUAUUGCGAGCUUGCGUUACUUGAUACACACAAGGCCAGAUCUUAGUUACUCAGUUGGGGUGGUCAGUCGAUACAUGGAGUCACCUAGAGAAAGUCAUUUAAAGGCAGUAAAACACAUUUUGAGGUAUGUAAAGGGUACAAUUAAUCAUGGUCUUGUGUAUAGACAAGGAGGAGAUGGAAACUUGGUGGGUUAUAGUGAUAGUAGUCACGGGAUGGAUCGUGAUGAUGGAAAAGGCACAACUGGAAUGGCAUUUUAUCUCUCAGGAAAUCUGGUCACAUGGAGUUCACAAAAGCAGAGGACCGUGGCUCUGUCUUCCUGUGAAUUAGAAUUCAUGGCAGAAACAUCAGCGGCUUGUCAAGCAUUGUGGUUGAGAAACCUCUUAAAGGAAUUGACCAACUGGGAGGUUAGAAAGGUCAAGUUAUAUGUAGACAACAAAUCUGCAAUAGAGCUCAUGAAGAACCCUGUAUUCCAUGGUCAGCUGGCCAUUCUUUUUGCAUGUUUGACAGACGAAAUGAUUGCUGACCCUUUUUGUGUUCAUAAAUUUGAAGUUAUUCUCUAUGUUCAGAACUGCACAGCUAGGGAUUUUGGGCAUCUGUUUUCCGACAAGGCAGGAACAGAAGCUUAA